CUCUCUCGACUGCGAAACCAGCAUUUUCUGUGUGCUCGAAACCCUAGGUCCGUACUUCUUAUCGAUUCUCUGCGUGUUCUUGCUAUUUCUGCGACGUUUCAUCGAUUUCUUGAUUCUAUUUUUAGUUCAUUCUCGGAAUUUGAUGUAUAUGAGUAUGUGAAAUGUUGUUUUGUUUUUGUUUGGAUUGGUGAUUGUGUGUUUUUGACUUAAUUGGUUGUAAUCAGGAUCAAUUUGUGAAAAUCGAACAUGUUUUUGAAGUGAUUUUGAUGUUCUUGUGGAUAUUGGGAAUUUGUGCGAAUCAGCUGGUGAAUGUUGACAUUAGUCGAUUGGUUUAAAGCGGUUUUGAGUCAAUCACAAAGGAAAUGUAGCUUGAAAUGUGUUCAGGAAAGUGAUUGAAGCAUGGGGACACUAAAGGAAACCUAGAAGAUACUAUCAAUAAGUUGUUUUGGUUUCAUUCGACAUUGUUGGUCUAUCCCUUGGAGCUUUGAUAAUUUGAAGUUCUAAUUAGGAGAUUCCGCUAUAAGUUUCAAAUUCUAUAAGACCCGCAUCAUUUGCUGUGGAUUUGUGAGAAUUGGCACUUGAAUACGAUGCAGAUUUCUGAGAAAUUGGGACCUAGGUUACGAUUGAGAUCUUAAUAUAAAUUCUUAAUGGUGCUUUCAGACAAGUUCUUUUUGUAAUAACUUUCUGGAAAUGGUGUCAUUCUAGUCGGUAGAGGCUUGGUUGAAUUAGGGUGUUGCUAUAUGCACACCUAUUAACAUGAGAAUCGGGCCAAAUCAUACAUCAAAAAUGUAAAAAACAAUUCUUGAUGUCUCACACACAUCAACGUCAGGUUUUACUUUUUACGUUUUCAAAUCCCUAAUUUGACAUAAAAGAAAUGCAUAUCAACAACACCCGUUAUUACUUAUUAAAUUUUGCCUUUUCUAGUGAUUUAGUAGAACAUAUGUUGUUAAAUCGGUUUCCUAUUCUGACCCCUGCCUAAGGGCAUCUCCAUCCGUACGCUAAAAAACGCCUUUUUUCUGGUAUGGAAACUCCAACCGACAGGCAAAAAGAACGACAUUUUGCCGGAGACAGGAUGUGGUUUGAGAUGAAGCAAUUUUUGGUGUCUAUGGCACCACAAAUUUGAUGAUCUUUUUGGUGCUAGGUUCGGAGAUGGCCCUCGGAACACAUUAUAGGCAAAUUUAUGCAAUUUUUUUUAAUUGGUGUCAUAAUAUACAUGCUACUGACAUUGUAUCUUUUGCUUAUAUUCUUGACGUUGUUUCUCUUUCUGAUGUUACAGGAUUUCUGGUUCAUCAAGUUUUUUCUCUUUGAGGACAUUUUGGUCUAUUUAUCUGCUAGAACACUCUACCUCUUCGUAUCAUAAAAAAAAGCUAUAAAUAGACAAAUCGUCAUUUGGUGGUAGCUCUUGAGGAUUUGAUGUGUGGAGGAUCUUGAAUAUGGUUUGAUGAAAUAAUGGAUUGAUAAAGUUAUAUACAAAUAGAUGAUCGAUGCUACCAAUUUGGAAUAAAUUGAUCAUCAAGUUGGAUAACGCCUUUGUGUUCAGGGCAUCUUAUGGUUAAAAACGGUUUUAUGUUUACGAUUUAGAAGAAAAUAUGGAAGUACCAAAGCAUAAGUUUCCCGUAAAUGCCGAGGAUUAUAAGCUAUACGAGGAAGUUGGUGAAGGAGUGAGCGCCUCCGUUUACAGGGCUCUUUGUGUUCCGUUGAACAAGAUAGUUGCAAUCAAGGUUCUUGAUUUGGAAAAGUGUAAUAAUGAUCUGGCCACAACCUUUGGGUUGUUAUGCCAUAUAUGGCCGGGGGAUCGUGUCUUCACAUAAUGAAAACUUCUUUUCAAGAAGGUUUUGAAGAGCCCGUUAUUGCUACGGUGCUACGAGAAGUCCUUAAAGCGUUGGUCUAUCUUCAUGUUCAUGGGCAUAUUCAUAGAGAUGUGAAGGCAGGGAAUAUAUUAGUUGAUUCUAAUGGUUCGAUCAAGUUAGCGGAUUUUGGAGUAUCAGCAUGCAUGUUUGAUACCGGGGAUAGACAACGUUCUAGAAAUACAUUUGUGGGAACUCCGUGUUGGAUGGCACCGGAGGUCAUGCAACAAUUACAUGGAUACGACUUUAAAGCAGAUAUUUGGUCAUUUGGAAUCACGGCACUUGAACUUGCUCAUGGCCAUGCACCGUUUUCAAAGUAUCCACCGAUGAAAGUUUUGCUUAUGACGCUGCAAAAUGCACCGCCCGGUCUUGAUUAUGAAAGGGACAAAAAGUUUUCAAAGUCUUUUAAAGAAAUGGUUGCUGCUUGCUUAGUGAAAGACCCGAAGAAACGUCCAUCAUCAGAAAAGCUUAUGAAGCAUCCUUUCUUUAAACAUGCACGAACAACCGAUUAUCUUCAACGCACCAUUCUUGAUGGUCUUCCCCCCCUAGGCGACCGUUUUAGGAUUCUAAAGGCAAAAGAAGCUGAUCUUCUUCUACAGAAUAGUGAAUUAAAUGGAAGUAAAGAACAUUUAUCACAGCAAGAGUAUAUUCGAGGAAUAAGUGCUUGGAAUUUUAAUUUGGAGGACUUGAAGAAUCAAGCCGCACUUAUCCAGGAUUACGAUGAAAAUUCAGAUACCAAAGAUCUGAAUGCAAGUUCAAAGCAACAAAAUGGGGUCAAUUAUGUUGGAUUACCGGCAGAAAAUUCAGAUGACGGGUCCAUUGAGGAUGAAAUUAAUGAAAUUCCGACUUUGGAGGAUUCGUUUGCAGCGUUUCCUAUAAAGCCUCUUCAAGCACUCAAGGGGUGUUUUGAUGUCGGUGACGAUGAUGAGGUCACUGUUAACCCUACUGCCGGAGACGAAAAUCAAUCGGAUAAUGAACAGCACGGUGCCAUGAAACCGUCACUGAAAGCUGAAGAAAGAGUUGAACAAAAUGAGGCCGAGCAUCUAGAAAAGAGAAAAUCGUUACCACUGCCUAUUAUUAUGGGUACAAAAAAAUAUUCGAGUGGCUCACUGCUACCGGAUAACGUGCUUUCAUCCAAGAAGUUAGCUGGCGACUUUGACAGAGAAUAUACACAUUUGGGAUUCCGAGUUGAGCGCAGUUAUAGUGGUCCGUUACAAGGUCGUCAAAAGAAUAGCACAAUCAACUCUUCUUCCAACGAUGUACCAGAGGAAGCGGUGGUGCAGCAGAAGGGACGUUUUAAAGUCACUUCAGCUGAUCUCAGUCUCAAGGCUCCCGUCGUUAAUUCAAGUUUCAGUGAAACUAUCAGUCCACGGGCAUCAAGUAUCGCGGCUUCACUUCUUCCAUCUUUGCAAAGCAUUUUGCACCAUAACACCUUGCAAAGGGAAGAAUUGUAUAGAUUAAUCAAGCUUGUGGAGCAGAGUUCUGGCAACCCCAUGGAGUAUGUGGAGGCGGGAACUAAUGGAUCAUCACCGAUUCCUCUGAUUUCACCAAGGGAGAGAGAACUACAGUCUCAGGUGAUCCAAUUACAACAAAGAAAUCUCAUUCUGGCCGAGCAAUUGCAAAGACAGAAGAUGAGAAAUGUUCAGUUGGAAACGAAACUGAACGAUCUGAUGAAGAAAGAACUCAUCCAAGAAUGAUACGCAUGCUAACGUUGAGCUGAAGAGUACUCGGAUCGUGUGCGCGUUUUUGGGUUUGCAACGGCUCGUUUUAUUCUUUUGAAAGUGUAAAAUAUAUGUGAAUAUAAGGAAAGGGAGCCUUGGUAAUUAUGAGUUGUUAAUGUUGUUGAGUUUCUUGGUAUCUUUUUGCCAAUUGUUGUUGUAAUGACAUUUCCCCUUAAAUAUUGAAAUUAUUAUAUACAC